AUGGAAGAUCUUAGUGAAGAAAUUCCCACCGGCGAGAAACCAUUCGACAUCAGAUUAUCCAAAUUGACAAAGAGUUUAUUCAUCAUCCCCAUUGCUAUCACCAUUGACGUACCUCUGAUAACCGACGUUGCUCUAUGGAAGAGUCCAUACAUGCUGAUUAUCGGAUGGAAGAGACUAUUAGAAGACUUAAUCGGGAGAGAAGGCCCUUUUCUGGAAACUGUUUGUGUGCCUUUCGCCAGACUUGCCAUCGUCUUAUGGCCUUUAGCAGUUGUUGGAGUUGUAAUCGCGUCUCUCUUCUCCAGUUUUGGUCUUGCUCUAUAUAGCGCCAAAAAACAAAACCCAUCCCUAAUUCCAAAUUCUAAACAUAAAGUCGCUACAUCUGCUUUUCUUUUUCAGGAAAAUUCAAUCAAGUUUGGAUUUGCGUGGCUGUGGUUUCAUUGUUUGAUGAGUACACAAACGACUUGCUUUACCUUAAGAGAAGGAUCAUGCUUUCCUAGACCAAUAUAUCGUGAGAACAUGAAAGCAUCUAAUGGGUUAGAGAAAAGGAAUUCAAUUGAUAUCAAGAACGAAAAGGAAAGCUCAAGAUGGUUAAGAUUGGUUUCACAACGUUCAAAAACUUUGAAACAUGCUCUUCAACAAUACACACCUGUGCAAGUUUGGGAUUGGUUGUUCAAGUCAUGUGAGGUGAAUGGAAGAAUACUUUUUCGCGAUGGUUUGAUAGAUGUUAAAGACAUUGAAGAAUGUAUAGUGAAGGGGAAAUGUAAGAAACUAUGGAUCAAAUUACCCAUGUGGUCUAUAUUACAGUGUCUUCUUGCUUCAUCAAAAUCUGAAUCUUCAGGUGAAGGUAUUGUAUCUUGA